AUGGCGGCCAGCGACUCAGGGACGGAUGAGUCACUUUAUCCCAUCGCGGUACUUAUCGACGAAUUAAAAAAUGAGGAUGUUCAACUCAGAUUGAAUUCUAUUAAGAAGCUAUCAACCAUCGCUCUGGCUUUGGGCGUGGAGAGAACAAGAUCAGAACUCGUUCCGUUCCUGACUGAGACUAUAUAUGAUGAAGAUGAAGUGCUUUUGGCUCUCGCUGAACAACUUGGCAACUUUAUCAAUCUUGUUGGCGGGGGAGAAUAUGCUCAUUGUCUUUUGCCCCCACUGGAGUCCCUCGCUACGAUCGAAGAAACCGUUGUCAGGGAUAAGGCUGUGGCCUCACUUAGAGCUGUGGCCGCCCAUCAUUCACCACAAGCUUUAGAACAGCAUUUCGUGCCAUUAGUACAACGUCUCGCUGGCGGAGAUUGGUUUACAUCUCGGGCCUCCGCUUGUGGAUUAUACAGUGUCUGUUACCCACGAGUCAGCGCACCAGUGAAGGCUGAGCUCCGGGAACAUUUCCGUGUUCUCUGCCAAGAUGAUACACCUAUGGUGAGGCGAGCGGCCGCUUUCAAGUUGGGAGAGUUUGCUAGGGUCGUUGAAGUGGAGUAUGUUAAGAGCGAUCUCAUACCGAUGUUCAUACAUCUGGCUCAGGACGAGCAGGACUCUGUACGUCUGUUAGCAGCGGAGGCGUGUGCCGCUGUGGCUGCCCUACUGCCGCCCGAAGAUAUGGAACAGCUGGUGAUGCCGACCGUGAGGGCGCGCGCUGGAGACACGUCGUGGAGGGUGCGCUUCAUGGUGGCUGAGAAGUUUGUGGAGCUGCAACAAGCCGUGGGUCCGGAGCUAGCUCGAUCAGACCUCGCGCAGAUUUUCCAGGCAUUGCUCAAAGACAGCGAGGCCGAAGUUCGAGCGGCAGCCGCCGCUAAGGUCAAAGACUUCUGUAUGAAUUUGGAUAAAGCUCACCAGGAACACAUCAUUAUGACCAUGAUACUGCCACAGAUCAAAGAACUGGUCUGCGAUCCAAACCAACACGUUAAAUCCGCGCUCGCCUCAGUCAUCAUGGGAUUAAGCCCCAUCGUUGGAAGACAGAACACCAUAGAACACCUCCUGCCUCUGUUCCUCUCCCAACUCAAAGACGAAUGCCCCGAAGUCCGCCUCAACAUCAUAUCAAACUUGGAAUGUGUGAACGAGGUCAUUGGAAUACAACAGCUAGUACAAUCCCUUCUACCAGCCAUCGUAGAAUUGGCUGAAGAUACGAAAUGGCGUGUGAGACUCGCUAUCAUUGAACAUAUGCCGCUAUUGGCCGGGCAAUUGGGACAAGAAUUCUUCGACGAUAAACUAACUGGGCUCUGUAUGUCUUGGUUAUUCGAUCAUGUGUACUCAAUCCGCGAAGCAGCGACAUUGAAUUUAAAGAAACUCGUCGAACAAUACGGCGCGCCCUGGGCAGAAGCUAAUGUCAUACCCAAAGUACUAGCUAUGUCCCGCGAACAGAACUACUUGCAUAGAAUGACCUAUCUAUUCUGUAUAAACGUACUAUCCGAAGUAUGCGGUAAAGAUAUCACGACAAGAGUGCUUUUGCCCACAGUACUUUCAAUGGCUGACGAUAAUGUUGCUAAUGUGAGAUUCAAUGUUGCCAAAACCUUACAAAAGAUGGCGCCUUUCCUCGACCCAGCCGUCAUACAGCCGCAAGUGAAACCGGUUUUGGAGAAAUUAAACGUUGAUCCCGAUGUUGAUGUUAAAUAUUUCGCAUCCGAAGCCAUAGCCGGGAUUGCCGGCUGA